CAAACUUGGAAAGGAAAAAAAAAAAAGAAGCAGGCUUCUUAGAUUUAGGGUUUUCUUGCGUUCUUACGCGCGCACUGGGAGAGACAGAGAGAGGGAAGGAGAGGUGAGUUGUACGUGUAGGUGGGAUGGCGAAGGAGGAGGAAUUCAGGGUGUACAACUCCUUGACGCAGCAGAAGGAGAUCUUCAAGCCGCACGUGCCGGGGCGUGUUGCCAUGUACGUCUGCGGCGUCACCGCCUACGCCCUCAGCCACCUCGGCCACGCUCGUGCGGCCGUCAACUUCGACGUUCUCUGCAGAUACCUACAACACUUGGGCUAUGAAGUUACCUAUGUGCGAAAUUUCACUGAUGUCGAUGACAAGAUAAUUCGUAGGGCGAAUGAACUUGGGGAGGAUCCAUUAAGUUUAAGUAACCGUUAUUGCCAAGAAUAUAUUGUCGACAUGUCUGAUCUCCAGUGCCUCCUUCCCACCCAUCAGCCACGUGUUUCGGAUCACAUGGAACAGAUAAAGGAUAUGAUAACUCAGAUUAUCAAUAAUGACUCUGCAUACACGGUGGAUGGAGAUGUCUUCUUUGCUGUUGAUAAAUUCCCAAACUACGGCCAGUUAUCUGGGCAGAAACUAGAAAACAACAGGGCUGGUGAACGAGUUGCUGUUGACUCAAGAAAGCGUAAUCCUGCUGACUUUGCAUUGUGGAAGGCUGCAAAGCCUGGUGAGCCAAGUUGGGAGAGCCCGUGGGGUCCUGGAAGACCAGGGUGGCACAUAGAAUGCAGUGCGAUGAGUGCACAUUAUCUAUCUUUCAAAUUUGAUAUUCAUGGUGGUGGAAUUGAUUUGAUCUUUCCACAUCAUGAAAAUGAGAUUGCCCAGAGCUGUGCCGCUUGCCAAGAGAGCCGUGUGAGUUACUGGAUGCAUAAUGGGCAUGUCACUAAUAAUAAUGAGAAAAUGUCCAAGUCGUUGGGUAAUUUUUUUACAAUCCGUGAGAUUACUCAACGGUAUCAUCCUCUGGCUUUGAGACAUUUCUUGAUAAGUGCACACUAUCGAUCUCCUCUCAAUUACACAGUCUUACAGCUGGAAAGUUCAUCAGAUGCUGUUUAUUACAUAUAUCAGACUUUGCAAGAUUGUGAAGAUGCUUUAUCCCCAUCUCAAGAAGGAAGCCUGGGGCCAGAACAAAAAGGCAAAACAGCUCGGGUCACGGCCGCUGCCCAAGAGUGCAUCAGUAGGCUACGUAGCGACUUCCAGAGUAAAAUGUCAGAUGACCUGAACACUGCACAGAUAUUGACUGUCGCUUUUCAAGAAGCCUUAAAGUUCAUAAACAGUUCUUUGAACACGCUCAAGAAAAAGCAACAGAAGCAACAACAAUUAUCGGUGGUUCAGUCUCUUAUUGAAGUAGAGAAAGAAGUUAAAGAAGUUCUGAAUAUUCUGGGAUUGCUAUCCUCUUCCACUUACUUGGAGGUUUUGCAGCAAUUGAAAGACAAGGCUUUGAAGAGAGCAGGGUUGGUGGAAAAUGAUGUGUUGCAUCUGAUUGAAGAAAGAACAUUAGCAAGGAAAAACAAGGAUUUCCCAAAGAGUGAUCAGAUCAGGGCUGAUUUAACUGUGAAGGGCAUUGCACUAAUGGAUGUGGGCAAGGACACUAUUUGGAGGCCAUGUAUCCCAGUUGAGCUAGAGCAGCCAGCAGCACCAGUUGAACUAGAGCAGCCAGCACCACCAGUUGAACAGGUCCAACAGGAACAUAACACCCUGCCAGUCGAACAGAAAACAGCUAGUACCACUGAUUGAACAAGAAAAAAAGCGAGAUGCUUUUAAACAUUAAACAGAAGAUAUCACCAAUUGAACAAGAACAAUAGGGAAAACCUGUCGGGCUUGAUGGUGGAAAGCCUUGUUCCUGCCCCGACCGUCAGCAUGACUGAUGACUGAUACAGUUUUAAUUAUGUACCGGGAUGUUUGUAACUUUUUUAUUCUAUUUAUUGACGAUUAAUGUUGUAAAAUUCGGGGACUUUAAAAUCCCCUGAGGCUGUGACCUAGCGCCACGGGUCAUAAAUAUAAAGCAAUGUGCCCUUUUUCUAGCUCUAUUGAUGCAUAAACAGCUGUUGAGGGUCUUGA